AUGCUUGCAUUCUCUACUUCCAGCCAACUAGGAAAACUAAACUUAAUAAAAAGUUGGCAUUGUUGUGUCGUUAAAAGAUCGUUGGAGUCCGGUUUUCGGUGUGGUUCUGCGUCGGACAAAGAGUGCUGUCUUAUCAUAAUGGAAGUCCGGCAAAAAUUUCCAAAAUCUCCUUUGACAAGUCCUGACCAUUUUAAAUCGCACAAUAAAAAGAGCUUUCUUGGACCAAAAAUAAAGUUUGAUUUCAAACAUGGUUUUACUCAGAAGUCAUUGCAUGGUGGGAAACCAAUGCACCGAAAAUCAAUGGACCGACAUAAACCAUUAAAGAUGUUAUUUAACAAUGACCCAUUAAACUUGUCUGCCCUGUGUAAUAAUACAGAUGGUCGCGAGUCUCCAGAAACUUCGUCCCCAGUCCUAAAUCGGUCCCAUGAGUUUGAGCCUAGUAAUAUUCGCCCGGUUGACUUCAAAGACCCAUUAAAUUUGAAUCAGGAGGAUAAUGCCUCAAUACAAAAACCAUCAAGAAAACGAAAAAGAAGAAGGCGUAGAAAUACUGUAACAUCACCAGACAAGGAAGAAAAAAAAGACGACACAUUGAGUGAUAUGAAUGACACUAGUCUUUUUAACGAAUCAGACACUUUAAUUUCCCCCAUAGAAAUCAUUAAAAGUCCAAUGUUGGGACAAAAUAUACAGCAUAGUAUUACAAAAGGCAAACACACUACACCUUGUGAACGUUUACGAAGCAGUGUGUCAGAAACACCUACGCAAAGUGUGUCUAAACAGAAUUUUAACGAAAAGAAUAAAAAAUACAAGUUUGGGAAUUUUGUUCAUUAUUAUAACAGUGACAGAAGGGAUAGUGUUGAUACAAGACUUAGUUGCUUUAAGAAGGAAUGGUUUGAAAAUAAAGCAUGUUUAGAUAUUGGUUGUAACACUGGCAGAGUAACAUGUUUAAUUGGCAGCCACUUUCUACCUCAGUCUAUCCUUGGAGUUGAUAUAGACACCGGUUUAAUAAAACUAGCUAAAAAAAAUAUUUUUCAGUCACCUGUUUUUCAUAGAAACAUAAAAAGAUUCCCCCUUUCGCUAGAGCAAACAUAUGGACCAAUUAUUGACUCAAAGAUAAUAAAGCGGCCUGAAUUAUUUAACGUUAAAUUUUCGGUGGAGAAUUACGUUCCUUCCUCACCAAAUGUAUUGGAGUUUGUGAAGCCCAGAUACGAAAUGAUAUUAUGUUUAAACGUCACAAAAUGGGUGCAACUUAAUUUUGGCGACGACGGCCUGAAGUGGAUGUUUAAAAAAAUAUAUCUUCAACUUUUACCCGGAGGAAGAUUAUUGUUAGAACCGCAAUCAUAUAACUCUUACAAGAAGAAGAAAAAUUUGACGUUGGAAAUACGCAAGAAUUUUGACGACAUGAAGUUAAUGCCGACAGAUUAUAUUGCAUACUUGCUGUCUAAUGAAGUUGGUUUCGCGCAAUCAGAACGUUUAAAUUAUUCGGGCAAAGGAAAAACAGGAUAUGAUCGACCGAUUUAUCUUCUCACAAAGAGUGGUUCACAAGCUGAGAAAAAGAUGUGAUAUUGCCCUUGUACUCUUCUUUCCUGUUCCUUUAAUAUAUGUUCUUAUUACA